GGAAGAAAAGAAAGUGAGAAAUGCAUAAGGAAUAGGGAAGGAGAGGGAGACUGUUAGAGGCCAUGCUGUGGGCCAAGCAGCUUGUGGGGCUCGGUGUUUGUCCUGUAGCAGUCUUGCCCCAGCUCAGGAAAAGUUGAGUGUGGUGCUAUGGAGAAUUCAGAGCACAAGACACAUGGCACCAAGAAGAAUACGGCAUUGUGGGGUGGCGCCCCCCAGUAUGCCUAUGUCCACUAUGAAAAUUGCACCCGUUAUGGGAUUCCAUCUGAGACAGGGCAUGAGACCGGGGGGACUGGGGACGACGUGCAUUACCAGGAGAAGGCCCUCAACCAUGUGCAGCUCUAUGGCCAGUACACAGACAAGCUCCCCAGUCUUUCCCAGAAGGAAGCAGCUGAACUCCUGAGUGAGAAGAGGCCCCAGGGCAAUGGCCAGGGCCCCCUGAAGAGGAGCAGUCAGGCUGAAAUCAAAGCAGAGCACUAUUCUAAGUGCCAUGCCUGUGCUAAAAGCAUUCAGAAAUAUGUUACCAAGAAGCUAGGAGAAGACUGGAUAUUCUUGGUCCUCCUGGGUCUUGUCAUGGCACUGGUGAGCUGGGGGGUGGAUUAUGCCAGCGCCAAGAGCCUGCAAGCUUACAAGUGGAUGUACAACGAGCUGCGCCCAAGUAUCCCUAUGCAGUUCCUGGCCUGGGUCACCUACCCUCUCAUCCUUAUCCUCUUUGCUGCCCUCUUCUGCCAACUUGUCUCUCCGCAGGCUGUGGGCUCUGGGAUCCCUGAGCUGAAAACUAUUAUGAGGGGAGUAGUCCUCAAGGAAUACCUCACACCGAAAGCUUUUGUGGCCAAAGUUGUAAGCCUGACAGCUGGCCUGGGAAGCGGAAUACCUGUCGGGAAAGAGGGGCCCUUUGUACACAUUGCUAGCAUCUGUGCUGCUGUCCUUAGCAAGUUCAUGUCCAUUUUUUGUGGUGUAUAUGAGCAGCCAUAUUAUUACACAGAUGUCCUGACUGUGGGAUGUGCAGUGGGGGUUGGCUGCUGUUUUGGAACACCACUGGGAGGUGUUCUCUUCAGCAUUGAAGUAACUUCCACCUACUUUGCUGUCCGCAACUACUGGCGUGGAUUCUUUGCAGCUACAUUCAGUGCCUUUGUUUUCCGAGUUUUUGCUGUCUGGAACAAAGAUGCAGUCACCAUCACAGCCCUGUUCAGAACAAACUUUCGUAUGGAUUUUCCUUUUGACCUGCAGGAACUACCAGCUUUUGCUGUAAUAGGGAUCUGUUCUGGGUUCCUUGGAGCAUUUUUUGUUUAUUUCAACCGGCAGGUGGUUUUGUGUGUCCGUCGACAUACAGGUCUAAGUCAAUUCCUAACCAAAUAUCGCCUUGUCUAUCCAGGGGUCAUCACCUUCCUGAUAGCAUCUGUGACAUUCCCCCCAGGCUUUGGACAAUUUAUGGCUGGAGAGUUGAUGCCUAGAGAAGCCAUCAGCAGCCUCUUUGAUAACUUCACUUGGGUCAAGCAUACAGAGGACCCCCAGAUCCUGGGGAGGUCUGCUGUUUGGAUCCAUCCCAAAGUCAGUGUGUUUAUCAUCCUCCUCCUCUUUUUCGUCAUGAAGUUCUGGAUGUCUGUCAUUGCCACUACCAUGCCGAUACCCUGUGGAGGCUUCAUGCCUGUGUUUGUGCUGGGGGCUGCCUUUGGACGCCUGGUUGGUGAAAUCAUGGCCUGGUUUUUUCCUGAUGGGAUUCUCUUUGAUGACAUUGUUUACAAAAUCUUGCCUGGAGGUUAUGCAGUGAUUGGAGCCGCCGCUCUGACAGGAGCAGUGAGCCACACGGUGUCCACAGCAGUGAUUUGCUUUGAGCUGACAGGGCAGAUCUCCCACAUCCUGCCCAUGAUGGUAGCCGUCAUCCUUGCCAACAUGGUGGCACAGAGUUUGCAGCCAAGCCUUUAUGACAGCAUCAUCCAAGUGAAGAAACUGCCCUAUUUGCCUGACUUGGGCUGGAAUCAAAUAAGCAAAUACAAUAUUUUUGUUGAGGAUAUUAUGGUGUGUGAUGUAAAAUUCAUCUCCUCAAACUGUAAAUACCGGGACCUGCAGGAUGUACUUCAGAACACCAACGUCAAGACCUUUCCUCUGGUGGAUUCAUCAGAGUCCAUGAUCCUCCUGGGCUCAGUGGAGCGGCCAGAGCUCCAGGCCCUUUUGCUCAGGCACCUCAGCCCUGAGAGACGUCUGUGCCUUGCCAGGGAGAUGCAGCAGAAGCUGGCUGAGUCACCAUAUGAUGGGCACAGGUGGAAGCACGAAUCAUUUGCUUUUGUGGAUGAGGAUGAGGAUGAAGAGGAAAAGACCGAGGUAGUGAAAGAGAAGCUUCUGCAGCAGCCGUCUUUAGUCUCCAGUUUCUCAGAACCACCCAAUGGCCCAGUGACUCCAUGCAAGUCAUUGCCAGAGACACCAACACCUCAGGAAACUCCAGGUCGGAGAUUCUGGCGCUUGAGGAGACUGAUGCGGCAGCUCCUGUGCCUUUACCACCCUUCACCUCAGCCAGAGACAGCCACUGAGCAGGAGUCAGCAGAAUUGGAAGACCCAAUGAAGCCAGAGGAGAUAGAAGCUUGGGAGCAGGAGGAACUAGAGAAAGAAGUAUGCUUUGACAGCUGCCGCAUAGACCCAUCCCCCUUUCAGCUGGUUGAGAGGACGUCCCUGCACAAGACACAUACUUUGUUCUCAUUGCUGGGACUCAGCCAUGCUUAUGUAACUAGUAUGGGGAAGCUAAGAGGUGUGAUCGCCCUGGAAGAGCUCCAGAAAGCGAUUGAGGGCUCCACAUGCUCAGGUGUUCACCUUCGUCCUCCCCUUGCGAGCUUCCGGGACGCUACCCAGACCUCAAGCAGCAAGGAGCAGUCUAAAUGGGCUGCACAGAUGUGGAGCAAACAGGACGGUGAUGCAGCACCCAGUGAAACCACAGCAGACUCGGGGACAGAGAGCUCAGUGGCCCCUAGCUCUCCCUUUCCACAACCUUCUCCCAUGCCCAAUGAAGGGAAGGGGAUGUGCUGUGCCUCAGUUGCUGAUAUGGACCUGGAGGAAAUGGAGCUUUCUGGCCCAGCUGCUGAGAACAUCUCAGACAUCCUCAAGGACCUCAACCUACGCUCCACAGACCUGUCUGAGGAAGAUGACGAUGAUGUGCCACUAUAAUUGUACAGAGAGGAGGGGGUCCAUCUCACUUCUUUGCCAAGCUACUCCUGCCACACUUGCUUUCCAAAGAGGCCUGUGGCCAGCUUCUCUUGCACUAAGGGGUGGUAAUCCACACUGGAGAGCUGUGGCUGCGUGGGCUGACUCUUCCACCUGCCAGUGCCAAUGGGUGGGGUGUAUUUUGAUGACUAUGGUAAGUGUGUGUGAGGCAUUCCAUAGGGCCCCAUCCCCUGUGGGGAGAUGUUCAUUGCACACUGUCCAGCAGUUUCUCUUCAGAUAAGCCUGCCCCCCUUUCUCCACUUCCCUUCUUCUAAGCAUGACAUGGCCAUUGCCAUUUUCCUCACCUUGUUUCAUGAAACACUUCACUUGGAGAGGAGAGAGAUGAAGUAUUUAAUCCAGGCUCAGUCCAGAUGUAGAAAAUUCCCAGUUUGUGAACAGAUCCAGAAUGAGGAAUUGCUUACUGUUAUAGAGUGCCCUUUCCUCCAGCAUCAUUCCCCCGAUAUGAAAUUGCCACUUUGUACAUCUCACAAGUCCAUCUCCUCUCAUGGUUGUAGCCUUAAGCCACACCUUUUCCCCCUGCCACCUUCCAAAUUCAUCCUCAUCCACCAUUCCCACCCAGAAAUCUUCCUUAUACUGAAAUCUACCACUAAUGUGUGGGGCUUGCGUUGAGAGGUGUUGCAAAAAUUGGGCUCAUUCUUUAUUGAGGAUAGUAUCUCUGCUCCGUCCACUGAAGAAAAAAGAAGGUAGAAGAAGCGAAGCAGUUGUUCAGGCUCUAUCACUUGUUCUAUAUGUUUCUUGGAGAUGGCUGGGACUCUUGAGGUGUGAAAAUGAAAUAAAGGAAAGACUCAGCACCCUGACCACACUGUAGGAAAUAUAGAGCACCUCUUUAAAAUCCUGAUUUGAUUUGCUGGAAGAAGAGGAAUGAAUCUAGCCUCUUGCUAGCCAAUAGGCAGGAUUCCCCCACCACCACCACUCUACAUGUGCAGCCUCGGCUACUGGAUUAGAGCAAGGAACACGUACGCUACAUUGCAAUACAUGAUUUCCCCACCCAGCUAGGGAGAUGCAUGCAGAAGUCUUCUCUGGCAAACAUAAUGCUCCUAGCUGGUUUAGGGCGCUACUGUUUAUCUGAAGGCGAUGAGCGAAAUGGCGAAACCGUAAAGGGGAUGUCUGAAGUCGUCAUUGAUUGUGCAAAUAUACAUAGCCUAGGUCUUAAAAGUUUGUUUUUAUCCUGGCACAAUAGACAUAUAUGCAAAGCAAUUGUAUUAAACACUAGGAAUCCUGUGAAGAAAUGGACGUUGCAUGAGAGGCAACAAGCAGGGACACAAAGAGGAGCUGAUGCUUCUAAGAGAACAUCUACAUUACAAUUGUAUGUAGGCUUUGUACCAGUUUAACAGCCAUGGCUUCUCCCAAAGGUCUAAUGUUUGGUGAGGUACUGACCGUUCUAUUAUGAAUAGUCUACCAUCAUUUUAACAACUACGCUUCUUAAGGGAGAAAGAACGACUGUUAAUCCAGUUUAAGUGUGUCAUGUACAUAUGCCCCAUAUAGUAUCCAAAGCAGAGAAAGGUGCUUGCCUUUGCAAACCUAGUUUAGUCUCCCCUGAAGCCACAGCAAUGUCCUCCAAUCAUGCAGUCCAGAUCCCUUGCUUCUCAAGAAUCUGUCAGUUUUGAUUUCUCUCCGUUUCUAAUUUUUCCAGUCUUAAAUUCAGUUCUCAACAUUUCCACAAGUUUGCAGAAAAAUAAUUUAAAGUCCUCAUGAAAAUUCAUCAGCAUUUUGGUGUGAAUUUCUCCUAGUAUACACAUUUUUGUAUGCAAUUUUACCUAAUAUAAUGCAUUUUUGUAUGUUGGUUUCAUGAUUAUAUGCAUUUUAUUCACAUUUUGCCCUAAUAUAUGCAUUUUUGUACACAUUACUUGGCUGGAGAACUGCAUUGCAAAAUUUGGAGAAGUGUGAAUUUCAAUGUAUAUGGUUUUGGAAAGUGCGAAUUACAUAGUUCACCUUCAAAUGCAAACUGAAACAAAUUUUCUCAUCCCUAUACUCAACCCCUAAUGCCCCCAUACAGCUUCCCCAAGCUCCUCAAUCACAUUCAGAACAGAUAUCUGUUAUUCAAGCUUCUACUCUCCUGAGCAAGAUUUGGCUUACCACAUAGAGAUAAGCACCAGUAUUGGCCUUUUUCUUCACGCACCUGGAAGAGGAAAGAGUCUGGCCUGCAAACAUAGCCCUGCCUAUGUGAAAUUGCCAAAAUGGGAUUGAUUCCAUAAAGGAAGCCACAGACCUGAACUUACAAGAUCUGAACAAGGUUGUUCAUGACAGAUUCUGUUGGAGAUCGCUGAUUCAUAGGGUCGCCAUAAGUCGUAGCUGACUUGAAGGCAUAUAACAACAACAACAAGGGUUUUUAGAAUUCUUCCACCCUUUUGGACAGUUCCUUGGGGAAUUAAAAAUGAAAUUAUUACAAGAAGAAAUAACCAGGCCAAAAGAAUCAUACGUAUGGAGAGAACACUGGAAAGAACAUGUACAAAUAUGCUCAAGUGAUGGAAAUUUGGGCUCAGGAAUGCCAUCUUGGGGUAUGUUUGGUCAACUAUGCUUUUGACAGCUGUGUGUCACUCAGAAAUUAAGUAAGUGUAGCUCUCCUCCUGUAUACUAUUGAAAAGCCUUACCGAGUUCCUGUCUGUCUUGUAGUUGUUAGCCCUGCUAGGGGGAAGGUUGCGGUAAUCCUUUUUGUGCUGAGGUUGGUACUUUAGCUUCACACCAGAUGCAUACCUCCUCCAACCCUAUCAGGGAUUGAACAGAGUUUUUCUUUUGCGUAACCAUUCUCACUCUCCCUGCAAUUCCCUUCUUCUGUUUUAAGGGCAUCACAUCCAUUCUCAGGGAGCUUGCGGCAAUUGCAUGUACUGGAUCAGCAUAUUCAAUGAAAGACAAAAUCCCCAAGUGGCCACGCCUGAGGGCAUAUGCGUAGGAUUAACGGCUGCAUCUUUAGCAUGGUUUAAUCAGCCUUUUGACAACUGAUUCAGUGUCCUUAAAAGGGUGCGUGGAAUGAAGAUUCUGACGUAUUAAUGCUUAUGAGUACAUCCCAAAGGGGUGGUGAUUUUUCAGAAUUCAUUACCUUGGAUAUUUUAAAAGUGACACAUUUCAUGACUAGACCGUUCUGAUUCCAAAAUCUCUGGGAAAGGGGUUGGCAUUUUUUGAACAAAAAUGGAGUUGUCUACAGUUACAGAACACAGUUAUUUUAUUUCUGUCACCUGUAUGCAUUUCAAUGCUCUGGAAAGGCUGUUAUUUCAAGUGUGGACAUGGAAGACAAACAGUGUGCAGACCCUGCCAAGUGAUAAACAUGGCAUAGUCAGUCAAAAGCAUAAACCACUUUUCUUCUACUGCAGCUGUUGUCUGCCAUUCAGGCUGUAGCCUACAUGUCUGCACAUAUUUCUACCCUUAGCAUCCUGCAAAUUUGCCCUUAGAAGCCUAAGUCUUGAAGUAGUAAGCCUACAUCUGGGAUGUAGCAUUUUAGUCUGCACAUGGAAGUUCACGUUUGAAUGUUCAUCCAUCCAGAAGUUCCUCUCACAUACCAAACUAAAUGUCAGGGAAGUGGUUUCUGACAUGCUAACCCUUUGAGGUUUUUUGAGUAUUCAGUCAUUCGGUUGAGCACCCCCACCACUCUGCCAGUUGCAUUCUGAAGUGCUACAGCCCAGACGCAGAGUUACUAUCUCAGUGAGUUAGGCUAGCAUCUCAAUCACUGAAUCCUGUAGGAAUUCUGAGAACUUUUCCAGGCUCCCAUUCAUCAGGUUGUGGAACUGAAGACAUUCAGCAAUUGCACAUGCAUGCACCUUGGGGAAUAGCAAUAAUUUUGGCUUAGCCCAACAAUAUUGAUGUGAGUAAUCCUGGAUAUAGUGAAGGGCAGCAUACAAAUCCAUUAAAUAAACAUUACCAAAAUAUACAGCCACGUUACAACGAAACAUAAAAAAAUUAAUAGAAAUGUAAGGCACAUAUACAGUGACAGCACUUGCCCCCCCCUUUUUUUUAAGAACAGACUGUGGCCUUAGGUUUCAUAGGUGGUACAUCCCAUGUCUGUGUUUCACCACU